AUGGUGACGUUGGAGACGCACCAGAGCCAGGAGCUACAGGUCCCCGCUCUGGACCAGGUCUCGGGUCUGGACCAGGUCUUGAACUCGGGGCUGGGUCUGGUCUCGGGUUUUGACGCAGGUCUGGACUCGGAGCAGAACCAGGACUCGGGACCCAACGCCAUCACGGUCCUGACGCUGUUGGACAAACUGGUGCUAAUGUUGGAUUCUGUGCAGAAAGACCAGCACAACAUGGAGGUGCACCAGGUGCAGAUGGAGGCGGUGGUCAGGGGGAUCCAGGCUGAUAUGACCAAACUGUCCAAGAGCCACAGUCACACUGCAAACACUGUGAGCAAACUGCUGGACAAGAGCAGGAAGCUGAGUGUGACCAUGAAGGAGGUGAGUGACACCAUGAUGAAGGUGAAUGUGACCAUGAAGGAGGUUAGUGUGACCAUGAAGGAGGUGAGUGACACCAUGAUGAAGGUGAAUGUGACCAUGAAGGAGGACCAGACAGAGAUCCCGGCCUCGGUCUUUGUCAAAGACUCACCGCCGUUUCCUCGUGAUGACAUCACGGAGGAAGGGGAGGGGCUUGAGACAGGGGGGGCGGGACUUCAUACCAUCGACCUAUCGUCUGAUGAGGAGGUGGGAUUGGAGGCGGAGCCAGAGGAGGACUGGAGUCAGGACCUGGACCUGGAGCUGGAGCUGGGACCGACCAGAGCCGAGAAACUGAAGAGGAGCAGUCUGAAGAAGGUGGACUCUCUGAGAAAGGCCUUUUCGAAGCAGAACUUUGAGAAGAAAAUGACAAAAAUUGGGACCAAACUGGUUUCAGCUGAACAGAAGCUGAAGAUCAAGUCUCCGGUGUUUGGACUCAAGAAGUCUCAAGCUUCUGCUGAGGUGUCUGAGAUGUUUGAUGUCCCAGAGGAGAUCCAGGAGGAGGUCCAUCAGGUCCAAGAGGAGGUCCCUCAGGUCCAAGAGGAGGUCCCUCAGGUGCAUGAGGAGGUCCCUCAGGUCUCUGCUGAAGCUCUACCCCAGACUGAAGCUGUAUCUGUGGGAUAUCAGGACCAGGACCAGCUGAACCCUGAGGGAACCAGAGCAGAGCAGACCAUGGGCUUCGGGGACCUCAGAUCCGCCUCAGGACUCAAAGUCCUCAAUGAGUUUCUGUCAGACAAGAGCUACAUCGAGGGGUUCGUCCCGUCUCAGUCUGAUGUGUGUGUGUUUGAAGCUCUGUCUGCAGCGCCCCCUGCUGACCUCUGCCACGCCCUGCGCUGGUACAAACACAUAAGCAGCUACAGCGACAAGACCAGUCUUCCUGGCGUGCAGAAGCCUCUUGGUCAGUAUGGUCCAGUGGGAGUGGCCGACAGCACAAACACCACUCCUAAAGCUCCACCAGCCAAUGAGGAAGAAGAAGACGACGAUGAUUUGGAUCUGUUCGGGUCUGAUGAAGAGGACGAGGAGAUGACGCGUCUCAAAGAAGAGCGGGUCGCAGCAUACGCAGCAAAGAAAUCCAAAAAGCCCGGCCCUCAUCGCAAUGAUCCCGUCAAUCUUAAUUGGGACGUGAAGCCCUGGGACGACGAGACUGACAUGAAGAAGAUGGAGGAGUGUGUGAGGAGGCUGCUGAUGGAUGGACUGGUGUGGGGACAAGCGAAACUGGUUCCAGGAGGAUACGGCAUCAAGAAACUGGGCAGAUCAACUGGGUGGUGGAGGACGACAGGGGGUGUGGCCAUGUGUUGUGUCUGCAGGUGGGCACACAUCCUGGAGUGUGUUGUGUGUAACUGUGUUGUGUUGCAGGUGGGCACAGACCUCCUGGAGGAGCACAUCACAGCCUUCGAGGACCUGGUGCAGUCGGUCGAUGUCGCCGCCUUCAACAAAAUCUGA